CGCGAAAAUGGGCAAAGGCACGGACAAGCUUUAUAUUACACAUUCUGAAUGGGCCUCCGAAGACGCGUACUCAGCCAGCGCUGGCGCUGGAGUCGGGAAAGCUAGACGCGGCGUUGGUGAAGCCUCCUUCAAGCGACUUCCUUUCAGAUUCUGCUCCCUCUCACUCCAACCGUUCGAACAUCCCGUCUGCACGCAAUCCGGCACGAUCUUCGACUUGACCAGCAUCCUUCCCUGGAUUAAGAAGCAUGGGACAAACCCUGUUGACGGAACACCGUUGAAGGGCUCUGACUUAAUCAAGCUAACGAUUGCGAAGAACGAUGCCGGCGAGUAUAUUGAUCCCGUUACGUACAAGGUUCUCACGGACAACACGCAUGUAGUUGCGCUGCGAAAUACGGGGAAUGUCUUUGCGUGGGAUACAAUUGAACGGCUGAAUAUUAAAGGAAAGAUGUGGCGAGAUCUUGUCUCGGACGAGGAAUUCACGCGCAAGGAUAUUAUUACGCUGCAGGAUCCGCAGAAUAUCGAGUCGAGGGAUUUGAGUCGGUUUAAUCAUAUCAAGGAGGGAGAGAGUGGAUUAUCGGAUGAGCAGCUGAGAGAGAGAGAGGAUCCGUCGAGGAAUGUAAAUGUCAAUGCUCUGGGGAGCUCGGCGAAGAUCCUCAAAGCGAGGGAGGCGGUUGCUAAAGCGCGGCAAGAAAGGGCUCAGAAGGCUGGGAAUGCAGCUUCUACUCCAGUGGCUAAGACCGAUGCGCCGGUGAAGUCAGCACAGAAGACCGCUUCGUAUCAAUCUGGUAAACCUGUGCCUUAUAAUGCCGCGAGAUACACGACUGGCUUGGCGGCUGCAUCAUUUACAAGCACAGGAAUGACGCCACACACCUCGGCUGAACUUGCCUUACUUUCGGAUGAGGACUACAUGUUGAAGAGAGGUCGGGUAAAGCAAAAGGGCUACGCUCGGAUAUCGACCACAUCCGGCGACAUCAACCUGGAAUUACACACGGAGUAUGCGCCCAAGGCCGUCUGGAACUUUAUCAAGCUCGCAAAGAAGGGAUACUACAAGGACGUGACAUUUCACCGCAAUAUCAAAGGUUUUAUGAUUCAAGGAGGGGACCCUACGGGCACUGGCCGCGGCGGUGAGAGCAUCUGGGGCAAGUACUUCAACGACGAGUUCGAGGGCCCUCUAAAGCAUGAUUCACGGGGGACACUAAGCAUGGCGAAUAAAGGCAAGAAUACGAACAGCAGCCAGUUCUUCAUCGCCUACCGCGCCCUCCCUCACCUCAACCUCAAACACACAAUAUUCGGCCACGUAAUCGACGAUCCAACCCCCUCCUCGCCAACCCUCAACAAGCUCGAAACUCACCCCGUCAACCCAACAACCAACAGACCAACUCCAGACAUCCGCAUCGUCGACGUCACAAUAUUCGUCGACCCAUUUGAAGAAUUCCUCAAACAGAAGAAACAAUCCGAACAGUCAGCCGAGAAUGAGGCAAAUAGAACAGCUGAAAAUGACGAGGAAGGUUCUCGCCGCGCUGAAGAUGACCAGAUUACUUGGACUGGAAAGCGAGUUCGAGGUCCUGGUGCGAGCAAGGAGGAGAGUUCUACGACUGUCGGCAAAUAUCUGAAGGCUGCGCUCUCUGAAAGAGCUGCGCACGAUGAGGAUGAGAUUGUGGAGUUUGUGGAUGAAGAGCCAACGUCGGAACCGGCGAAGAAGAAAUUCAAGGGGAUCGGUGGGUUCGGUGAUUUUAGCUCCUGGGAUUAG